GCCAGAGGGUAGCGAGCCGGCGUGGAGAAGCUUUGGGGUUGCAGUCCAGACAGUGUAGCAGCGACUUUCCUUUCCAACCUAGGAGGGUGCAGACAGAGCCAUGAAUGAAGAAGAAAUUUUACAAUAUUUCAAAUGUCAACUGCAAGAGGACACCAAUGUUGCUACUGCUGUUGCUGCAAUCAGAACCCUGCUAGAGUUUCUGAAGAGGGAUACAGGUGAAACCAUACAAGGUCUGAUUGGAAGUUUAAAAGAUGCCAUUGGCAUCCUGUCUAAAGUGGAUUCAUCAGUUUCUGUUUCUUCUGGUGGCGAAUUGUUUUUGAGAUUCAUAACACUUACUUCUGAAUUGGAGCAUUCUAAUUAUGACAAGUGCAAAAAAAUGAUGAGUGAAAGAGGAGAACUUUUCCUUAAGAGGAUCUCCAUGUCCAGGAACAAGAUCACAAUGCUUUGCUGUCCAUUUAUAAAAGAUGGAGCUAAAAUAUUAACACAUGCUUACUCUAAAGUGGUCCUGAAAGUCCUGGAAGAGGCUGCUGCAAGUAAGAAUUUUAGUGUCUACAUAACAGAAUCACAGCCAGAUCUCUCAGGAAAAAUCAUGGCAGAUGCUUUGAGGAAACGGAAUGUUCCAGUAACACUGAUCCUGGAUGCUGCUGUUGGGUAUAUCAUGGAGAAAGUGGACCUGGUUAUCGUAGGGGCUGAAGGAGUAGUAGAGAGUGGUGGAGUCAUUAACAAGAUCGGCACAAAUCAAAUGGCUUUAUGUGCAAAGGCUCAAAAUAAGCCUUUUUAUGUUGUGGCAGAAAGUUUUAAGUUUGUUCGACUCUUCCCUCUCAACCAGCAAGAUGUUCCAGACAAGUUUAAGUACAAAGCAGACACACAGCAGCAGAACAAGGACCUUCUGGAGGAGCAUCCAUGGAUUGACUACACCUCCCCCUCCCUGAUUACCCUGCUUUUCACAGACUUAGGGGUUUUAACCCCAUCUGCUAUUAGUGAUGAACUCAUCAAACUGUAUUUGUAAUUUUAUAAGCACUAUUAAACUGCUAAAACACAA